AUGGACACGGGAGUCCUAUUCUACGAGAUUGAUCCACCGUACAUCCACGAGGACCCGUACCCUAUUAGGACAGCAUACUUUAAUCCUGAUGCACCCUAUGACUUUCCUUUAUCUUGGUUACACCCCGGCGGACCUGGGAUACCUCAUCCUGAGGAGCAGAUGCCACCUCCACCUGACUUUCCUCCUCCACCUGAACCUCCUCUACCUGAUGAGCCUAUACCUGCCCAGCAUAUCCAUGAGGCACCUCCUGCACCCUUUGUCCUUGAUGAGUGGGGUGUUCCUGUGUUACCACCCGAGCUUGAUCCUUUACCUGAGCCGAUCGAGCCUCCUGUCUUUGAUGAGCAGCAGGGACAUGAGUAUGAUCAGAUCAUGGAGGUGCCACCUUCUUCUCCCGACUGUAUUUUGUUUAGUAGCUAUCCUUUUAUGGUUCCUGUGGCCAGCAGUGGUUCCUCUGCUAUCACUCCGGCAGAAGAAGAGGACGAGGAAGAAGAAGAUCCAGAGGAAGAUCCUAACUUCAUAGUUAUCUCCUCUGAUAGUGAUGACGAUGAGCCAGUUCGUGGUAGAUCUUUCCAGUACCCUAUUAGGACAGCAUACUUUAAUCUUGAUGCACCCUAUGACUUUCCUUUAUCUUGGUUACAGCCCGGCGGACCUGGGAUACCUCAUCCUGAGGAGCAGAUGCCACCUCCACCUGACUAUCCUCCUCCACCUGAACCUCCUCUACCUGAUGAGCCUAUACCUGUCCAGCGUAUCCAUGAGGCACCUCCUGCACCUUUUGUCCUUGAUGAGUGGGGUGUUCCUGUGUUGCCACCCGAGCUUGAUCCUUUACCUGAGCCGAUCGAGCCUCCUGUCUUUGAUGAGCAGCAGGGACAUGAGUAUGAUCAGAUCAUGGAGGCGCCACCUCCUUCUCCCGACUUUAUUUUGUUUGGUAGCUAUCCUUUUAUGGUUCCUGUGGCCAGCAGUGGUUCCUCUGCUAUCACUCCGGCAGAAGAAGAGGACGAGGAAGAAGAAGAUCCAGAGGAAGAUCCUAACUUCAUAGUUAUCUCCUCUGAUAGUGAUGACGAUGAGCCAGGUGAGGCGCCAGCAGGCGAGCAUCACCAUUCGCCCGGUGAUUUUCCGUGA